AUGGCGAUGAAGGUGUUAGCUAUGCUAGUGGUAAUGAUGGCUGUGGUGCAGGACUCCCGUGCAGCUGUAAACAAGAAUGGAGAGCCUACUGGAUGGACUACCAUUGAUAACAUUGACUACAAAAAAUGGCCUGCCACUAGGACUUUCCAUGGUGACAUUAUAAAAAUUCCAACUCACCCACAGGGCUAUGGUGGUUUGAAGGAUGAAAGGGGUCAUCAUGAGGAGGAAGUGGACGCCAUUCAGCAAUAUUAUGAUCACGAGAGAACCAUUUUCUUGACAUUCUCCAGAAUGGGCAUCACUCGCGAACAUGAAAUCAUACACUUCUACACUAGCUGUCCUUGCCAUAUGUCUUUGUCUGUGGCUGAAGAACUGUUGGAUGAAACUAGAUGCAUAUUUCCAGAACUCAUAUGCAAGUGGAAAAAUUUGGAGGAGCUUUCUUUGGGAGGUAGCUAUAAUCUUGUGAAAAUAAUUGAGCAGAUUCACUGCAAGAGCUUUUAUGUUUUAACUUUGUUUGAGUCUCUUGGAAGAGAUGCGUCAAUGUCGAUUGUUAACCUUUUUCUCAAUAUCAAGAACCCGACGUUGAUGAACUCACAGACUUGUCGGGAUGAUUUUGUUGUAAUUCUACAGGGCUGCAAAAACCUGGUGCUUCUGGAUGCCAAGAAGUGUAAAGGUUUCAAUGAGAGCGAUGAAGAAAUAUCGAAGCUUGCUUCUCAUAUUAGUAAUUUCAGGUGUGAAGGUUCUAUUGGUGGGGAUUGUUGGGGUGGUAGAGUUUGCUCUUAUUAUCCUCUUUACCGUCAAUUUUUGAAUCCUAAUGGCCACGGUGGUGAAGGAGUAAAUGAUCCGUUUUUGAAUCCUAAUUACUCUUAUUAUCCUCUUAUGACAAUCUCCUACCCUUACAAGAAGAUUUCAAAAUGA